AUGGCUCAAUCAGUAUCGGAACAAGAUAUGGCUAGCGCCUUUAUGGAUUGGGCAAACACUUUUAAGCUAUCACGUCCUGUCGUAAAAAUCAAAUGGUUUAAACUUUCUUCUGGUGAAGCUCGGGAAGAUAAUUGGGUGAAUAAUUUCAACAAACUCAGAAGAUUAUUCUUACUCCUUACACACGAGCUGUAUUCAUUAAUUGUCACGUUGACCGUGAAUAAUGCUAAUAAGGAAACAAAUCUUGAAAAAAAUUACACAAUUAAACGCAAUUUCGCAAGAGGGGUUGAAGUGAUGAAACGAUUAGGGGAAUCUACUGUCGAAGCACCACCAAAAAUGAACUCGGAUAACUUAAUUGUUGCUCAAAAAGAAGCUCUAGAAAAAGCACAUCAAGCUUUAAUGGAAGAACACAUUGCAUUGCGUGAUCAAUGUGAUGAUUUGCAAGCUGAACUGGAUCGCUUUAGCUCAUUCUAUUCAGACGACUUGAUUUUGAAAGCAAAUAAUGAUCGACUUCAAAAUGAAUUGCAAGCAUGA